UUUUAAGUUUCAUAAAGUUUUCGUGUUAAAUGAUUAAAAAAAAUGUAUUACGGGCAGUACUAUAGUUGACUAUAGUCAAUACGUGGCCACUUUGACGUGUUCCUUACUGCGUCUUCCUCUAUCUAUUUGAACAACAAUGUUGGAAAAGAUCUGGUUGAAUAAAUUAUAUUGUCUUAUCGUCCUUAUCUUGUUUGAAUUGCGCGACUUAAAUGCAACUACCGCGACUCUUAAAAAUGCCGUGUUGCUUUUGGCUGACGAUGGAGGAUUUGAAAUGCGAUCAUACUUAAAUAAAAUUUGCCAGUCACCUAAUUUAGAUAAUUUGGCAAAAGAAAGUUUAUUAUUUAAUAAUGCUUACUCGUCAGUUAGCAGUUGUUCACCCAGCCGCUCUUCUUUACUCACUGGGUUACCAAGUCACCAAAAUGGAAUGUAUGGUCUCCAUCAUGGAAUACAUCACUUUAAUUCCUUUGAAAAAGUUCAAAGUUUACCAACAAUAUUAAAGAAAAAAAAUAUACGAACAGGUAUCAUUGGUAAAAAGCAUGUAGGCCCAGACAGUGUAUAUCCAUUUGACUUUUCACAAACAGAAGAAAAUAAUUCGAUCCUUCAAGUUGGUCGUAAUAUUACUAAAAUUAAACUUUUAGUCAGGGAAUUCCUCUCCCAUAAUAGAACACAGCCCUUCUUUUUAUACGUUGCAUUUCACGAUCCUCAUCGAUGCGGACACAGUCAUCCAGAAUAUGGAAACUUCUGCGAAAAAUUUGGUAACGGUGAUGUCGGUAUGGGUACUAUUCUUGACUGGCAUCCGAUAUAUUAUCAGUGGGAUCAAGUGAAAGUUCCUUAUUUCGUUCAAAAUACAGAAGCCGCCAGACGAGAUAUCGCUGCUCAAUACACAACUAUUUCUCGUUUAGAUCAAGGUGUGGGUUUAGUUCUGAAGGAACUCGAAGAUGCCGGUUUCAAAGACAACACGUUAGUAAUCUACACCUCAGAUAAUGGUAUACCAUUUCCAAAUGGACGAACAAAUCUGUAUGAACCAGGUUUGGCAGAACCAAUGAUGAUUAGAUCACCAAUCCCCGAACAUAGAAAAAAUAGUGUAACCUACAGCUUAACAUCUUUACUGGACAUUGUACCAACGUUAUUGGACUGGUUUAACAUACCCUAUACGAAUGAACCUUCAUCUGAUACAAAUGAAGUUUCCUCUCCACAACUAACAGGAAAAUCACUUCUUCCACUUCUUAAUCAAGAGCCUGUUGAAAACAACACUGCUAUUUUCGCCAGUCAGACACAUCAUGAAGUCACCAUGUACUACCCCAUGCGUGCUAUUAGAACUAAAAGAUAUAAACUAAUACAUAAUAUUAAUUACAAAAUGCCAUUUCCUAUUGACCAGGAUUUCUUUGUGUCACCGACUUUCCAGGAUAUUUUAAAUAGAACCAGGACCAAUCAACCACUUAAAUGGUACAAAACAUUAAAAAGUUAUUAUGAAAGACCAGAAUGGGAGUUAUAUGACCUAAAAUAUGAUCCGGAAGAAAUGAAUAAUAUUGUUUCUAAGCCAUCUGUAAAGGAAAUAUUUACCGAUCUAUACGAACGGUUAUUAAAAUGGCAAGAAACAACAGAAGAUCCAUGGCUUUGUGCACCAAAAGGUGUUCAGACUAGUCGUAACACUAAAAACCCUCAAUGUAUGUCACUUCAAAACUUUCUUUAA